AAAGUGGAUACGUACAUAAAAAGUGGGAUUGUUGUGCGGAAACUACUCGGAUUAAUCAAAUUGUACAAACUAUACAUGCAUGCCUGCAACAUACUGGUUUUAUAAGUUCUAAAUGAAAACACUUCAAGUGCCGGAGUUACAUCAAUUUCUGCAGUGCAUAGUGAGCAAUUGAGCUGCAAUUCCGCAUAGCCCACAACUGAAUUUGCAUUACUAUUCAAGCGUAUGAAGAAAAACAGUAAGCCAUGAUGAGGGAAUCGGCCCACGAUAUAAACAUGGACACCUGGAAGCAAUGGAUCCUCGAGGCCAUAUCGAAGAUCAGGUCCCAGAAACAGAGGCCCUCCGUGCAGAGGAUCUGCCAGGCGAUCGGCACGCACCACAAGUUCCACGAGGACAUUGUGGCCGAGAAACUGGAGAAGGCCGUCGAAUCGGGCGCAGUGAUCAAGGUGUACAACAAGGGAUUGCACUCUUACAAGGCGCCGAUGGCCAAGCGUCGCAUCAAGGUGGACAAGAAUACCAAUCUCUACAAGUUGGUGGCCAAGGCGGUCCACGAUCUGGGCGAAUGCGAGGGAUCCACCAUUAAGAGCAUAGAAAACUACAUUCAGAAGUUCAACUGCAUCGACCUGUCGCCCAAUGUGGACUUUAAGGCCGUGAUUAAGGCAUCCAUUAAGAAGGCCGUGGACGCCGGCUUUCUGAUCCAGGAGGGCAAGCUCUACAAAAAGGGUAAAUCGCUGACAACCCCGCGGAAAUGCGCCCCUGCCUCGGAUGUGAUCAUAAAGGGCGAGGAGAGCUGCACCCACUGCUCGGGAAACUCGCAGAAGAACCUCAACGGCAUCCCAGAGCCACUGAGCUCAUGCAAACAGUGCGGGAUUUCUCUGCACACCACCUGCGCCAAUAUUGCCGGCAGGUGCAAGUCGCAAUCCUACGUUCUGCUCUACAUGCUCGUCACGAAGGGCACGAUUUGGGAUUGCCAGAACUGCGCCGAUUGCUCCGUCUGCAAAAUGCGCAACCGUGGGCCUUGCCUGCUGCAGUGCUUCGUGUGCAAGGACCACUUUCACUUAACCUGUCUCGAUACGAUUCCAGACAAGAAGCCCAAGCAUCCUUACAGGUGUAAAACAUGCUCCAAACAAAGCAUAGAUAAUCCGAAAUUGAUUAAAAAAGACAAUACAAGGAUCAAAAUGGAGGCUGCCAAUGAGAGAAUGACCCCCUCCGAUAAAUAUGCCUCCAGUAAGCGGCAAAUCAUCAAAAAGGAAGGCAACAUCGAUAGUCCAUCGACCUCAAAGCUUUGCGUUUACAACGACGGCAACGGCCAGAGGAGGAAAAUGCCCGCCAGCUUGAACUCAAGGAAACUAAACCACAGUGAGGACCAGUUCGAGUUCCCGGGCAAGCAGAAGAGGUCGCAAAUAUUACAGGGAGGCUACUUGGCUAGCCAGGAAACGCGCAAGCGAACCUUUUCGGAUCUGUCGUCGACAAGUUCGUCCAGCGAAAGUGAAGACGACGACGACGAGGACGACGACAGGAACAGGAAUGGCGAUGACAACGAUCAGGACGAGAGCACAUCCUCGGAUUCGUGCACUUCAUCGAGCUCUGACUCGGACUCCAGCGAGAGUUCCAGCGACAGUUCCGAAUGCGAUGAUGAGAACGACGAGGAGGACUAUGACACCGAUCGCAGCACGCUGAAGGGGAAGAUCUUCGAGAAUGAGAAGCAGAGCUGCGCCAAACUUAAUGUGGGCGAAGGUCUAGGCUCGCCGCAAACCAAUGAAGUGGCCAGUGAGAACUGGGGGUUCGCCGCCGUGGCGAAAAACCCCAUUGACAUAUUUGUAAAAUCAAAAAAUAACGCAAGUGGCAAGAACAUGGGAUACACAAAGCCAGCAGCAAGCACGUUUGCCACGUCACCUGCCGCAAACAGGGCGCCAAAAAGCACGCCAGUAGCUGCUUCUACUCCGGACAAAAGCACCACAACAGCCAUUGGCGGCAUGACCAUAAGGCGACAGACCGCAAAUGGGCAGAAGAAAAAGAUUGUGCCCUUGAAAAGUAUGCCGCUGGAAGCAGGCAAGUCGUACGAGAAGUGCGACGAUGACAUUCCGUAUCUAACUGAGGAGACUGUUAUGAAGGUUCAACUUCUGGAGGAGAUUGAAAGGAGCAGGGAGACCCACAGCGAGGCUGAUGGCAAACCAGAAACGCAUAACGACGAGGAUGUGGCUGGGGAAAGCACAAAGCGUGCCAAUCCCUUCGAGAAUCAGCCCCUGCCGCCCGGUGUGACCGCCACGGAUGUGGAACUCUAUCAAGAGGUUCUCCACAAGGCCGUCGUUCAAAUGUCCAAUAAUCAUGUCGAAAAAGUAAACGAUAUAAGCCUGAAGCCGGGACAGAACACCCAGAGUCCCAAAUCGAUCCAAAUAGGAAAGUGGGACAUUGAGACCUGGUACUCCAGCCCCUUUCCGCAGGAGUACACCAGGCUACUGAAGCUGUUUUUGUGCGAAUUCUGCCUGAAGUACACAAAGAGUCGUUCUGUUCUGGACAGACAUCAGAACAAGUGUAUUUGGAAGCAACCGCCAGGCACGGAAAUAUUCAGACAGGGCAAUAUAUCGGUGUUUGAAGUGGAUGGCAACGUAAACAAGAUAUAUUGCCAAAACUUAUGCCUGCUGGCCAAGUUUUUUCUCGACCACAAAACCCUCUACUACGACGUGGAACCGUUUCUCUUCUAUAUUCUGACUAAAAACGAUCAGAGCGGAUGUCAUCUGGUUGGCUACUUCUCAAAGGAAAAGCACUGCACUCAAAAGUACAACGUGUCCUGCAUCCUGACGAUGCCGCAGUACCAGAGGCAAGGCUACGGCAGGUUCCUGAUCGACUUCAGUUACCUGUUGAGCCGCGAGGAGGGCCAGUUGGGCACCCCGGAGAAGCCGCUCUCGGAUCUGGGACGCCUGUCGUACUUUUCGUACUGGAAAUCCGUUGUGCUGGAGUACUUGUACAAGUAUCGCAACCACACAAAGAUCACGUUCAAGGAUAUAGCCAUUAAAACUGGUUUGGCCAUUUCAGACAUUGCCCUGGCCUUUGAACUGUUGAACUUCAUCAAGUUGAGGAAAAACGACGGCGACAUAAGGUAUCAGAUAAAUGUGAAGAUCGACUGGAAGAAAGUUGUGGCUCAUCACAAUAAAAUGGCGAACAGCAAAACUCGAAUAAUCAUAGAGGCAGACUGCUUGCGAUGGAGUCCGCUACUGUCGGUCUCCAAAUUGCCCAACAUAAUCAAGCCGAUUUCCAAUCGUGAAUACUUGAACAACCAAAUUGAGAAACAGUCGGAUUCGAAAGAAACUAACGAAGAUAACAAGGCAGUUGUUAAGCAAAGUGUGCCCACUACACCGAAGUUGAGUCAGGAGAGUGCCGAGUUUCCCAGCAUUAAAUCUCGUGGGCCAAGCUCUGAAAAGUUGUUGGACGAGAGGGAAAAUCAGCGGAAACGUGCCUGUCCGGAAGAGUUCCUAAAAUCGGCUCCCAAUGAGGCCAAGAAAUGCAAGCUGACUGCAGCACAGCCGCCUCUGGAGGAGCAGUCGUUUGGCGAGCACUCCGACUCAUCCGAUUGCAAGUCUUCUAAGGAACUGUCCGAGCAGUUGACCAAAAGGGCCCAGCGUUUGGCCAAACGCAACGACCUGAUCCCCCACACAAACAAACGGAAGCAUUUCGACCGCCCGCUGGAGAGCAAUGCCAUCGCAGCCGACCCGAAUCCACCGAUUCAAAGUCAAUCGGAGAUUUCAGGCGUAGAAAGUGGCCCUCAUGUGGAUGAACCUACUACGAAGGAGAUCAGCAAGAUUGUGGUGGAAAAGGAGCAUGUGGACAAACCGGUCAACAUUGUACCCAAGCUGAGGGGUAAACAGUCCAAUGGCAAACGCUCCGAGGAGUCGCAGUUCAAUGGGAAUACCACAUCAGAACCUGUCGAAGUGCCGGCGAUUAGUCCAGCAAAGGAAGCCACUAAAGAGCUGGUUAAGGUGGCAAAAACCGAGAGCCCGGAGAAGAGCAAGGAGUUGGCAAGGAACGAGAGUGAAGCCAACAGCAUAAGUGAUCAAGUGCUCGAUGCGGUGGCCAAGAAAACCAAGAAGACGUUGUUCGCCGACGUCACGACGUCGUACAAACCGGAAGAGGUCAAAUAUAGUACGCCGGACAAGCCGGUGGCAAACACACCAGAGGUCAAGGAAACCCCAAAGGAGGUUGACAUCAAGGAGGUCAAACCGCUUGAAGUUCCUGAGCAAAAGCCCAAACCGAAGAGUCCCGAAAAAGUGGAACCCAUUGUGGUGCCUGCUCAGCCCGUUUUGGAAAAGGUUAAUGUUCCUGUUAGUGCGGAGAAUGUUAAGAAUUGCACGGAGGAAAAGAAACUGGAGCUGGAUGUUAACCACUUGAAGUUCUCACCCGACUCCUCCUCCUCCUCGGCACUUCCGCCAGCGGUGCCAAUGCAGAAGUCUCUGCCCGAACUUCCCGCUCCAGUUGUGCAUAAGGCAAAAGCCAAUGAAGCUGUGCCGGCUCAGGCCAUUGAAACCGCACCGAAGCCAUCCGAAAUGGAAAGGAUUAAAAAAGUCGAAGUCGCUGCGCCCAAUCCGCCAUCGCAUCGAACGGAUGUUCAUGUUCCUACCCUUGUGGAGCAACCUCAACAGCAGCCGGUGAAGGAAAAGAUCUCGCCCGAAAAAGUGGAGCAGCCAAUGGUCAAGGAAAAUGUCGAAAUUAAAGAAAAGGCCAUCAAGAAAGCAGUGCCGGAAGUGCCAGUUGUAAAGCCGGAAGUAGUCAACAGCGGCGAAAAGAAGUACGAUCCGAGCCGGGUGAAGGUGCUGCCCGAAAGGGAAGUCAUCAAGUCGGACCAACAACUGGUGCAGGUCAAGGAGGAGGAGAAGUCGAAUGCCAGGGCGCCCUCGGCACCCAUUCCCAUUCGGGACAAGAUCCCACUGAAGGGCAACGAGCACGCCCAGCUGCAGAACUCCAUUCCCUCGCAGUUCCCGAUCAACCAGAUGCCCAACUACCACACCUCACAGUACUGGCAGUGGGAGUACUACGGCUACAAUCUCUCGCAUUUGGACCCCGCCGCGCAGAAGGGACAGAAGCAGUUCCACAAGGAUCUGGCCACCACCAUGGCCUACACGCACAACUUCACGCAGAACCUCUAUCAGUCCGCCAACCUGGCCAUGCAGCACGCCGCCCACCACCAGAUGCACCAGACCAAGGAGAAGCACAAGGUGGAGCGCAAGACCAGUGGCAAGAAGGAGGAGCAGCAGCAGCAGCAGCCCAAGGUGGUCUCCAGUGUGUCCAAUGUGGUCAGCAGUGCCCGCGAGGAUGGCCAUGUCCAGCAUUGCAACGAGUACGUGGCCAACAACCAGGCGGCCAUUUACAAUCAAAAGUGCGCCACCCAACAGAAGCAGGCUCAGCAGAUGAAGUCGCUGGCCAAUGUGCAGAAUUCGGUGUCACGGCAGAACCCCAAUCCCAAUCCCAACCCGGCUGAGUCGACGGUCCUCAUGCCCAAUCCAGUGAAUCCGCAGUCGGGAGGCGGGCCCGCCAAGCAGAAGGUCGAGCAUGGCGUCAAUUCCACAUCGGUCAUUUCGCGCGAGGGCAAGCUCAACAAGAUUGGUGGUGGUCAUCCCAACAUCCACGCCGCCGCCCAGCAUGCCAACCUUCAGGUGGGCGGUGGCGGCGGCGGCGGCGGCCAAUCGGACGUGAAUCCCAAUCUGGUCUAUAACACGGAGUCCUCGGCGAACGCGGCCAUGCAGCACUACGAUUGCGGAAUCAGUGCGCAGAUCAACAUGGAGUCGCCGGCCAACAUUGGCACGGCCAUCGCCCACGGCUCGCAGGAGAUCGCCGCCGCCUCCAAUGUGCACAUGCACCAGCCGCACCGGCAGUUCUCCGACUGCUCCAUGCAGAACCAGCCGGUCACCACGCCCAUGCACAUGUCCAUCCAGAACUCCCACAUGCAGCAGCAGAACAAUCUGAACAUGAAUCUGGCGCCGGAGGGUGCGCCAAACAUAAAUCUCCUCAGCAACUCGCAGCACCAGCAUCAGAGCAGGAAGCUAAAUGCCCAGGCGGACAUUGCAGUUAGCUCGCCGACUCCCUCCCACAGAGCCACCACGCCCAAACAGAUUCGCAGCGGAAAUACGAGCCAGCAGCGUGACGCUAAGAACGCGGCGCCGGCAACGACCACAACGAAUACUCAUCACCAGAUUCCGCAGGGCGGGGCCACGGCGAACAUUGCCAAGUCGCACCACGACUCGCUGCACAACCUGCAGUUCCUGCAGCACGGCCACCAGCAGAACAUGCAGCCCACCGACUACGUGCCCAUUCCGCAGAUCAGCCAGAACUUCUCGGCCAAUCCCUCGAACUACGACCUUGUGGGCAUUCAGCAGCGCAUGUCGCUGAACAGUUCCGUGCACUCGCUGGCCAACAGCCACCAGCGGUUGGAGCAGCCGUCGUCGGCGUGUGCCGUCAACAACUUCUACUUGCAGAACAACAUGCCUGCGGCGGAGAAUGCGCCGCGAGUGCCGGUCUCCAGUUCGCUGGGCGGUCCGCCGACGGCGGGCAACGGCAACGACCAGCGGCAGACGGGUCAGGACACGAUUUCGGCGGCCAAUGGCUCCGGCGGAGCCAGCGCCUCGCUGGCGGGCAACCUGUGUAGCCUGUCCAAGCUGCAGCAGCUCACCAACUGCCUGGAGAGCCAGCCGUGCAACACGUCGCCGGGGGCGCAGGUGAAUCUGGCCCCCUCGCCGCACCAUCCCAUUCCGCCGAACUCGAUGACGCCGCCGCCGCACCUGCUGAUGCAGAACCGGAACAUCUCCACGCCGCCCAACAUGCUGCAGACGCAGGUGACGCCGCUGCAGUACAAGUACUAUCCGAGCAACAUGAACAUUGCGCCGAUUGCGUCGGCACAGAACACCAGCCGCCAGACCCGCAACACGCCAUCCGCCCCGGUGCAGCACACCUCGACGCCCAUGGGCAGCGGCAACAACCGGACCGCCAACGUGCACAUCAGCCCCAACCUGAUGGCUCCGUAUGGGGCCAUCAACAGCUACCGGAUGUCGCCGCAACAGUCACCGCCCACUGGAAGCUACAGCUCGGGGAGCGAAUACCCCAACUCGCAGAUUCCGAUGCAGAUGAUGAAUAUGCAAUCUCAGUACCAGGAUGCCUGCGUGCUGCAGCGGGGCACCCCAUCCAAUCCGAUGUACCCCACGUAUUCCCCCUACUUACCUCUCAACGGUUCUAUUCGCAGAUAAUAGAUGCGCACAUUUUAUAUGUUAUUGUAUUGAGUAUGAUUUGUAUAUAUGAAUGUGUGCUGUAAAUAAAUAUACAUUACGUCAAAUUAACAAUUCAAA